AUGGCCGCGGCUCCGGAGACAUUCGACUACAUCGUCGUCGGCGGCGGCACCUCGGGCCCCGUCGCUGCAAGGCGUCUGGCAGAGUACCUCCCCGACGCCCAGAUCCUGCUGCUCGAGGCGGGUCCGCGCCACGAAGACAUCCUCGCCUCCACCAUGGCCAUGGGCUGGGAGGGCAUCCACCACUCGCGCUGGGACUGGAAGUACACCUCGCAGCCCAUGCGCCACGCCAACCAUCGCCAGAUCCACCUGCCCCGCGGUCGCUUCCUCGGCGGUUCCUCGGGCGCCAACGGCACGCUGAUGAUCCGCGGCGUGCGCAACGACUACGACCGCUUUGCUGCCCUGGGCAACGACGGCUGGAGCUGGGACGACGUGCUCCCCUUCUUCAAACAGUCCGAGACCUUCCAUCCCGACCCAGACCAGCUGCCCUUUGAUCCGGCCGUGCACGGCGACAGCGGCUCGCUCCACACCUCGUUCCACCCACUCGCACCCAUCAGCCAGCGCAUCGUAGACAGCUUCCUCGAAACCGGCCUCGAGUGGAAGCCCAACAUGUUUUACACGGGCGACAACCAGGGCGUCGGUCACGUACCCCGCACCGUCUACAACGGCACCCGCACCAGCGGCGCCGAUUUCGUUUCGGGCCCCAACCUCCCCUCCAACCUCACGGUCCGCUGCAACGUACAGGCCACGCGCAUCAUCCUCACCGACGGCGUCGACGGUGCCAAGGUCGCCACUGGCGUCGAGGCUCGCGACGACGAGACGGGUGCGCCGCUGCUCUUCCACGCCAACGCCGAGAUCAUUGUGUCGUGCGGCGCCUACAACUCGCCGCAGCUGCUCAUGCUCAGCGGCAUCGGUCCCAAGCACCAGCUCGACCGCUUCAACAUCCCCGUCCAGCACGACGCGCCCGCCGUCGGCGAAAACCUGCAGGACCACAUCAUCACGUUCAACUUUUUCAACGUGUCGCAGCCCAAGCUCACGCACGACCACCUCGUAUUCGACGAGGGUGCGCUGGCCACUGCCAUGGGCAGCUACAUGACCGACAAGUCCGGCCUCAUGGGCCGCUUCCCCUUUGGAGCCUUUGUCUUCCGUCGAUUCGACAAGGAGCUCGAGGCCAACUAUCCCGAGUGGGUCGAGGCCAAACGCCGAGCUGGCGGCAAAGACCCCGUGGGCGCGGAGAACGGCAUGCCGCACGUCGAGUACUUUUACUCGGAGCUCUACGGUGGCGGGCCGCAGCACGUGCACCAGCCGCUGCCGGGCGAGUCGGCAUUCGCGCUCAUCACGCUGCUCUUCAACCCGCAGGCGCGCGGUACAGUGCAGCUGCAAAGCCGCAAUGCGCUCUUCCCUCCGGCGAUCGACCACGCCUACCUCUCCCACCCGCUCGAUCUGGCGGUGCUUGCAGAAGCGAACCGCUUCGGUGCCGAGACGAUCCUCAAGGGCUCGGCGACCAAAGACGUUGUCUCGGGUGCAUGGCCUGUCUCGCGCACCAUGCCUAGCACGCAGGACGAGUGGAAGGAGUACGUGCGGCAACAGGCGGGGACGUGCUACCACGCAUCGGGAACCUGUGCCAUGGGUCCUUCUCCCGCCCCGUCCGAAGUGCUGACCAAGGGCGCGGUGGUCGACCCGCGGCUACGCGUGUAUGGCGUGGCGAAUCUGCGUGUUGCCGACGCGAGCAUCCUGCCGCUCGUCAAUACGGGACAUACCCAGGCACCGGCGUACAUGAUCGGGGAGAAGCUGGCGUAUAUGGUGGCACAGGAUGCAGGCGCCACGUCGACGCUGCCCGAGCGUCUUGGUUCGGCCAAGGCGAGUGGGAAGAACGGCGCACGCACACCUGCGCACCUCUAA